CUCCCCCCCACCUCGGAGCUGCUCUCCCCCAGGAGCAUGGAGGCUAUGUACCUGUCCCUGAUCACCAUCCUAGGAGGUGUGUGUCUGGUUCUCACCGUGGUCCUCCUCUACCUGGGCUUCUGUCUGCGGGGCAGCCACAGGGGGAAGUACUCUCUCCGCGCUGCCGCCGCUGCAGCCGCAGCCGCCUCUGCCAAUCACACAGACAGGAAGAGGAAACAUAGGAAGCAGCAGCAGAAACGCCGCAGUAGCUCCGCCCACCUGGAUCUCAAGACCAUCUCCAGCCACUGUAAUGGGAACGGGAUCUGUAAUGGGAACGGGAUCUUUAAUGGGAACGGGAUCUGUAAUGGGAACGGGAUCUGUAAUGGGAACGGGAUCUGUAAUGGGAACGGGAUCUGUAAUGGGAACGGGAUCUGUAAUGGGAACGGCGUCUCCAAACAACCGGGGAACGGUGACACGCACAAAGGGGGCUUCUUCCAGAUCGUCCCGAGAAAGAGCCAGUCGUCCCCCAACAAGGACCCCCCUCCCCCUGCCCCUCCUCUCCCCCCACCCCCUCAGACCCCCCACACCCCCCUCAACCAAUCAGAGUGUGACUUGCAAGACUUCCCCAGCCCCAACGGCCUAUCGGCGACAUUACCCAGCGUCUUGCGGAGGAUGCACGGUAACAACUACAUGUUGUUAAGACAGAGUGAGGCGGAAAGCAGCUCCCCUCUCUGCCGCUCCUUCACUGAGGAACUCAACACGAUCCUGGAGAAGAGGAAGCACACACAGCUGCUACCAAAACCGGACGAGAGCUCUCUGUAGUAGAGGGAACACCUCUCUAUGUCAGGGAGGUAGCUCCCCCUGUGGUGGGAGAACUGAACUGGGCCCAUUAAUAUUGUCCAUUUAGCAGACGCUUUUAUCCAAGGCGACGUACAUCAGUGAGUGGCCAUUGGUGGUGCAGAAGAGAUCCUUUGUGGAUGACCCAUGCUGCUCACAGAGUAAAAUGUUUUUAAACUAGCCUGGACUGAAUUAUGAGAGAAGGAGAUGUCCUGCUUACAUUUUUUUGGACCACUGAAAAGGGACACACAUCUGGUUGGAGUAUCAACUGUGUUUCAAAAUAAACUAUUUCUGCACACUAUUCGGCCCUCCUAUCGCUAUCCCCUGUUUGACACCCGAAGCCAUGGGUUACAGUGAGUACACACAUAAGAGAGACAGAGAGAACCUACCCCAGCUCAGCAGAGCUCAGCAAGCUAGACCUAACCCAGCUCCAGUCAAUACACCUCAGUCUGGAUCAAUAAAAGAUGAGCCCUGGAGGGGGUGAUUCAAGGGGCAGGCCUCAAAUCUCAGCCCCAGAUUAAGGCUCCUCGCUGGGCAGGACACGAGGGGCGGGGACCCUGGAAGUCUCAACACAGCCCAUGAUAACAAGGAAGAAGAGGAGGAAGAAGAAGACGCUCAUGGGAAUAUGAGUUCUUGUGAAGUGUGCCAAUGACUUGACUUGAUUUCAUAUUGGACAUUGAGGGCAAAAUGUGUUUUUAUUCUUAGAAGUUUGUAAAUUAUGUGAAUAUUGAUUACAAUGGUAACACAAAAUGUAAUAACCAAAUUUGAGUAAUAUUAUUAACACAUAUCAACUCUUAACCCUAGACAGAGAGAGUAAUCCAAUGAAAAUACCCUCUAUACAUUAUUUUUGUGUAAUAGGAAAUUGGACAGUAUUAACCGUUUUGAUGAAAUGUAAAUGCCGUUUCCUUCAGACAUUCCCUGGUUAUUAUGUACUCAACUCAAUGGACACUACAAACACAUCAGGACUAUGAGAGAUUCAACCCCAUCUGAGUAGGAGCCAAUGGAUUACCAGAAUCCAUACACUGCUGUCUCUCUCUCUCUCUCCUAUCCAACCACAACUUAAUGGGUCUGAACUAUGGUUGGAAAAUAGGUCUGAACUCUAUCACGACAUCACAGCUCGGCCACAGAGGACCAGACAUCAUGUACACCUGAGGCCUGAGAGAUGCUGUCUAGUUUGGGGCCUGUCUGUUUGAAACAGAUCUUGCUAACUUCAACUCCAGACAUUCUCAGAUAUGGUGUGAUGUCUGGUACCGUGACACUAAUAUCUUGCCCACCGGGAAUAGCUUCAAAAUGUCUGAAUAACUUUGAAGAGUCACUGUUUGGAAUCAAACACAGUUCCAGUACCAUUGGAAGACCAAUUAUAAUCCAGAGCGACUGAGGAAACAGUCAAAUCAUCCAUUCUACAACAACCAGUAUGCUCUAUCCCAUGUUAACCUGAGAACUGGAUACCUCAGUAAGUAAUAUAGGCCAGAGUACAGUACAGCUACUCUCUGUAACUGGUAUACUCCUGUGCAGUUCAUCACAAGAGCAAACUGGGGAAAGGGGCAUUUAAUGGUUCUGGUCUUCACAUCAAACAACUCUGCCCUCUCUGUAGUCCUCUCUGUAAGGAUGACAAACUAUGACAAAAUGGAUGCUUACUAAUCAUGAUCCCCAUCCUAACUGUUGCCAGGUUUUAAAACUAUUGGCACUAUUAGUGCCACUAUGUUCUUUUUAAGUAAAAAAAAAUACAUGUAUUGUAAUUUUGUUCUAUGUUGCUAUUCUAUUGCCAGUGUUGUUGUUUUGGUGCCAUUUGUAAGAGGCAUUGAUGUGGGUGUCUAGUCCACUAGUGUUGCACUAGUAAUCUAAUAACAUGGUAGAACAACAGGGGUCUCCAACUCUGGUCCUGGAGACCUACGGGCGGUGCAGAAUUUCUUCCAACCCGGCACUACCACAGCUGAUCCAACUUAUCAUGGUCCAGAGUCAGACUGAAGACUGUGAUGAAUUGAGUGUGUUUAGUAGAUAUGUUAUUGAUUGGUUGGAGCAAAACCCUGCACAUGCAGUCACUCUCCAGGGCCGGAGUUGGAGAACCUGUUGUUGAAGCAUGGUAUGUUAGCUAACAGCAUGAUGAACAGAAUACAACAUCACAACCAUAAUGUGACAGAUGAUAAGACUCUUCAGUCUGGCCCAUUCAUCUGGGUUUGCUUAGAUAAAGUUCCCCACAGCUCGUUAAGCAACUUCCACAGCAUUCAUCAUUCCGUCUUUCGUUCGCGCUCUCUCUAUUGCUCGCUGUCUCUAUCUCCGUCUCUCUCUCUCUCUCUCUCUCUCUCUGUAAUAUUAUGAGUAUUAAGUCCAAUUCAGACACAAGAUGUCAUCCUGCUUUACUAACAGUAAGACAUUGAGUAGCAGCUCACCAGUGGAGGCUGCUGAGGGGAGGACAGCUCAUAAUAAUGUCUGGCACAGAGUGAAUGGAAUGGCAUUCCAUUCACAUGGAAACCAUGUGUUUGAUGUUGUUGACACCUUUCCACUGAUUCCGCUCCAGCCAUUACCACAAGCCCGUCCUCUCCAAUUAAGGUGCCGGCAAUCUCCUGUGCAGCUCACUGACUUCUGGUUCAUUUAAAUGUAAUUUAUCUGAGUUGAAAUUCUAAUAAACAAUAUGUUUCAAACUC